AUUCCAAAAUAAUAUACCAAUAUAUGAUGAACCGGGUUUAGACCGGUUUAGUUAACCGAAUCCUAGGGUUCUAUAAAGCAUGACUUACCAUCUUUAUUCUUCUCAAACAACAAUUCCUAAUAACCAAACACUAUCUUAAAUCUUGAAACUCAAGAAACAACAAUGUCAGAGAUCGCCGGAGACUCUUCAUCAUCUGAAGAGACAAUCAAUAAACCAAACCGCGAGAGGAAUGUCUCUGGCGAACUUGGCGUCUUCGAAGCCACUCGAUAUUUCUCCGACUUCAACGAACCAACUACGAUCGAGUACUCAAGAAUCCAAAUUCAGAAACCAAGCAUUGUUACAGAGAAUCGACAGAAGAGAGUACACCCCGAGACAGAGGAGCAGCUCCCGAAACCUAGAGUCGUCGUCACAAAGCCGCAGAAGAAGGAGAUGACAAGUGGCGGCGGUAGGAAGCUAACUAGUUUCUUGAACUCUCUUCUUCGCUCAGCGGGUCUUAAGAAGUCAAAGUCAACGACGGAGGUAGAGACUCCACGAGGAGAAAGGAUGAGGAGGAAGAGCUGCGUGGUGACCACACACGUGAAAGCUUCUUCGCCGGUUUCAGGUGCUGGCGUGUGGCGUUUAAACGCGCGUAGGAGAAGCUUUGAUGAGAAACACGUGAAAGAUUUAAAGAAGAGUGGUCAGAAGCUAAACGUAAGGCUUUGUGAGAGCCUCUGUUCAGUCGAAAGGGUUGAGUGUGGUGGAUACGAGAGUGAUUCAAGUUCUGAAUCUGAUCUUUUUGAGUUAGAUUUUGCUAAAUCAAACCUUAAUUAAUUAAUUAACAACGGUCCGGAAAAAUAGUCCUCUAAUGUAAAAGUCAGUAUUAUUAAUCGAUAUAUACAACUUUAUUCUAAAAUAUGACAGAUAUAAUAAAAUUUCAACCGCCUAUUUUGUUAUUUAAUC